AUGAGGAAAUCACUAGAUGACAAAAGCCAAAAGAAGAAAUACCAAGCAGUAGAAGAAGAAGCAAAUUUACUAAAAUCUGAUGUGAUUUCGCGAAGUCAAUGCCACAAAUGGUUUCAACGCUUUGAAAAUGGAAAUGAGAGCUUAGAAGACGAAGAACACCGACGUCGUCCUCAAGUUGUAGACGACGAAUUACUGAAGAAGGCGAUCGAGUCUGAUCCGACACAAACUACAAGAAAACUUGCCCAGGGAUUCGGAUGUUCGAAUUCGACAAUUGACGAACAUUUACAUACAAUCGGGAAGACAAAUCGGUGCGGCAAAUGGGUUCCUCAUAAGCUGAGUGAUGAAAAUAAAGCUAUCCGUAAAUCGAAAAAUCGAAGAGUUGGGCUGGACAGUUUUGCCGCAUCCGCCGUAUAG